GUCUCGCAGACGAGGCAGCCUCCGGCGGAGCAAUUCGACGUCGAAGAAGCCGUCGAGACAAAAGGGGGAGAGAAGGAGCACCACGCGUCGAGGCUGGCGACGGAGAUCUACACGAUCUCGUACCUCGUCUUCUUCGCCAUCUGGGGCACCCUCGCGCGCGUGGGCUUGACCGCGCUGACAACGUACCCCGGCGUGCCUGUCGUCUUCAGCGUGCUGUGGGCCAACUUCGGCGGCAGCCUCAUCAUGGGCUUCCUGUCCGAAGACCGGAUGCUGUUCCGCUAUGACCCAGGACAGGACGACCAGGACAUCGAUCUGGCGGCAGCGAAAAAGGCCCAUCUAGCCACGAAAAAGACGAUUCCUCUGUACAUUGGCCUGGCGACUGGCUUUUGCGGCAGCUUCACCAGCUUCUCAAGCUUCAUCCGGGACAUCUUCCUCGCCCUGUCCAACCAAAUGGUCACUCCAGGUCUAGGCAUACCAGACCGAAACGGCGGAUACUCGUUCCUGGCCCUCCUAGCCGUAACAAUCACGACAGUGUCCCUCUCGCUCUCGGGCCUGAUACUAGGGGCCCACCUCGCCAUCGCCCUCGAACGCUUCACCCCGUCCAUCCCCUACCCGGUGACCCGCAAGAUCCUCGACCCCCUCGGCGUCCUCCUCGGCUGGGGCUGCUGGCUCGGCGCAGUCCUCAUGGCCAUCUUCCCCCCGCACAACAGGUGGCGCGGCGAGAUCCUCUUCGCCCUCGUCUUUGCGCCCCUGGGCUGCCUCGCGCGCUUCUACCUCUCCAUCCACCUCAAUGCCAAGAUUGCGUCGUUUCCCCUGGGUACCUUUACCGCCAACGUCGGCGGCACGGCUGUCCUCGGCAUGGCAUGGGACAUCGCUCAUGCUCGCGUGGGCGGGCUGGCGGGGUGUCAGGUGCUGCAGGGCAUUGAGGAUGGCUUUUGUGGCUGUCUGACCACUAUCUCGACGUGGGUUGCCGAGCUGAGCAGUCUUGAAAGGCGACACUCUUACGUAUACGGCUUCAGCAGCGUGGCUGCCGCUCUGGCGGUCAUGAUUGCCGUCAUGGGAGGGCUCCGAUGGAGCGAUGGAUUCAGCCCUCUGGUUUGCGUCUCCUGA